CGUAACUAUCUAUUAUGCAAUACGACCUCUGUUACCCGAGCGUGACAUAAUUUCACCGUAACUUUAAUUAUGUGAAUUACUAAGUAUGAUAGAAUAAGAUUUAUUCCUUUCACGCUAGCGACAGAAAACAUGUCUUUUUGUGGAUCUAAAAACAAAGCUAGAAGUGUUGCAGAGGGUGUUGUGAAGAACGAAUGCUUUGUGGAUGUUCUUAACAUUGUGCCACAUGCAAUAUUUUUGCUUGUCAGUUUGUUUAUAUUGAUUGUGUGGUGCAAGUCAAAGUACUACAAUGCAACAACCUGGGUACAUUUCACAGGGCACAAUGUAAGAUGGUUUUUUUCACUUGCUUUAAUUAUCAUAGUCGGCACAGAAAUUGCAGAAGGGUUUAUGUCUGAUGCCCAAGAUCCUGACACUGUAAAUUACCAUGUCUUCAUACCACCAAUCAUUGCCUUUGUAGCAACUAUACUGACUCUUGUUUUCUACCAUAACAUAGAACAGUGGAAUUCUCCAAGAUUUUUAUUGAUAAUCUUGGCAUAUUGGAUGUCAGUGUUGCCAAUUAAAAUAUUGAAGGGUGUUUCAUUGCACAAAAAUGGCAUAUCGGUAGCCCAUGUGAGAGUGUGGUUGACUUGGAUUGAUGUGGCACUCUAUGUGAUUUUACUGACUGUUGAACUCAACUUACUGAGAGUACAAAAAUAUGCCUUCUUCAAAAAUCCAGUGCCAGCAAAAACCCCACCUGAUCUUGGAGACAGCAAAUUUGUGUUCAAGCAUGUGAACUUUUUAUCAAAAGUAACAUUUUGGUGGCUAAAUGGAUUCCUUUCAGAUGGUUUCAAGAAACCUUAUGAACAAGAGGACCUUGGACAUUUACCAAAGGACAUACAAGUGGAGUCAGUGUAUAGAAGAUUUAAGGCUGUAUUUGAUGAUGAAUUGGACAAAAGUCAGAAGAAUGGCAAGAAACUCAAUUUCCACAAGGUGUACUUACGAGUCUUUUGGAAGAAUCUAUGUUUGGCUGGCUUUCUUCGUUUUUUCGGAGACAUCAUCCAAUUUGUUGGACCUUGGUGCAUUGAGCUGAUUAUUAAUUAUGCGUAUGAACAAGUGAAACUCAAAGAGGAUAGCCAUCUAACCAAUGGCAGCUCGGUUGUGUCUAAUGUCUCCCAGGCUGUGGUCCUGUACAACAUCUCCUCAGCAUCCAAUGGCAAUCAAUCUAUUGUCAUGACGAUGCCUCUAAAUAUGGACAUUAAUAGUUAUGUAACUGCCAGUGAGUUCAUUUCUAAUGGGUAUGUCCUGGCCGCGGGGCUCCUGAUCCUCACCAUCAUACAGAACAGCUUGUGGCAGCAGCACCAUUACCUUGUUAUAUUAGAGGCCGCCAAAUUGAGGGCCUCCAUUCAGACUAUGCAUGCUCGCCACAUUACUGUUGCGGAUUUUUUUUCCAAUGGUUAUGUGGUAGCUGUUGUACUCAUACUAACAACCACAGUACAAGCUGCUUGUCAUCAGUUCUAUGGAUUUAUUUCAUUAAAUACGGGGGCCAGUUUGAAAGUUGCCGUACAGGCGAUGGUCUAUAACAAGGGUCUCCGUCUGUCUGGGCUGGUGAUAAACUCCGGGAAGAUGACGAUGGGGCAGAUCAUUAAUCACAUGUCCCAGGACGCCACCAACAUGAUGAUGUUGUUCUUCUUCAUCCACUACAUCUGGAGUGUUCCACUGACGAUUGUGAUAGCACUGGUGUUGAUGUACAUGAAAAUGGGCUGGACAGCCCUCAUUGGUGGGUCUGUAGUGGUGAUGUCGGGACCACUUCAAUACUUGGUGGGACGAGGCAUGUCUAAUAUGCAGAAAAAAGUCAUGGCACAAUCUGACAAGAGGGUCAAAAAGUGUAAUGAGGCUAUUCAAGGCAUAAAGGUCAUUAAACUGUUGGCUUGGGAGUAUUUCUUCAGACAUGAAAUUGAGGCAUCAAGGAAGAAGGAAUUGAAAGUUCUCUUUAUCAACAGUGUAUUCAGAAUUCUUUUCACAUUCAUUCUUGUUGCUGUGCCAACCAUAGGAACCAUGGUGACUUUCCUUUUAUACCCACAACUAGAGGAUAAGCCAUUAGAUGUUGGGAAAGCUUUGUCAACUCUGGCAUUAUUUAAUAUUCUGACCCUCCCCAUGGCUCUUUUUACACUGUUUUGUACAACCUUCAUCACAGCCAGGGUCAGUAUGAAGCGUCUUCUGCGUUUCCUGCUGGUCGAGGAGACAGAGGGACUGGGGGAUAAGACUAAGACUCUGACCCAGAGUGUAGGGAUUGAUACAACAGAUCCUGAGGAUAUAAAAUUGGACACUAUUGUGGAGUAUCGUAAUGGUACAAAGAAGACCUCCACAAGUCUACAUAAAGAUGACGAUCUCAGCAGUAGUCAGAGUUCAUUAGGGAGUAACCUGUCUCGGACCCCGUGUCACAGCCGACAUAACAGUAAGGGAUCACUACGGGAGAUGAUGGAGGGAAGCAGAAGACACAGUUCCCAGACCACACAUUCCUCUCACUCAGGGACAGCUCUUGCGGUGGUAGAUGGAAAGGAGCCACAGCGUGGACGCCACACCAGCGGGGUUUCCACAGAAGACGAGGAAGAAGUGGCAGAACCUCUCACAGUUAUAGAGGCAAAGAAUGUGUUUGAGAUCGUCAAUGGAAAUUACUCCUGGCAUUUGGACAAAGAGGAUGAAGUAGCGCUGAAGAAUAUCAACGUUAAAAUUCCUGUCGGGAAGCUGACAAUGAUUGUAGGACAAGUUGGAUCUGGGAAGACAUCACUGAUUUCAGCCAUGCUGGGAGAAAUGACAACUAUUAGUGGGCAUGUAGAAGUUGCAAGAGGAGUAAAAAUUGCUUAUGUGCCACAGAAACCUUGGUUACUGAAUGCUACACUGAAAGACAAUAUUUUGUUUGGACAGCCAUAUAACUAUGGAAGGUACACAAAGGUAAUCAGUUCCUGUGCUCUCCAGCCAGAUAUUGCUGCACUACCUGCUGGGGACCAAACAGAAAUUGGGGAAAAGGGUAUCAAUCUGAGCGGGGGACAGAAGCAGAGAAUCAGCAUAGCUCGAGCUUUAUACUCCAAAGCUGAUACUGUUAUACUGGAUGAUCCAUUGUCAGCUCUGGAUGCUCAUGUUGGAAAGCAUGUCUUUGAGGAUGCCAUUGUCAAGCGCUUAGUCAGGCGGAAACGUUCAGUCAUCCUUGUUACACAUCAGUUACAGUACAUAAGUCACUCCAAUCAUUUGAUAGUGAUGAAGGAUGGAAUGGUCCAGUACCAGGGUGCACUCAGUGAAGUGAAGAAACAGGAACCUGAGUUGUAUGAAUCCUGGAGGAAGGCCUUAAGGGAGGCCAAGAGCUCAGAGUCAAGUCGAGAUCAUCAUGAUGAGCCUAAAUCCCCGGAGAGUAGUCAUCCAUUUGACUAUAGUAGACAGAUAUCCAUACAGUCUGUUCUCUCUGGAGGGAGCACAUUUGGCAGACAAAUCUCUGAACUGUCCAACAUGGAGGAAGAAUGCAUGGACGCAUCAGAAGAAGAUCCUCUGAAGAAGCCAGAGAAUCAGGCAGGACAGCUGGUCCAGAAGGAGAACAAGGAAGUAGGGGCGGUGUCCCUGCGUGUGUAUCACCAGUACGUGCUGGCCUGCGGCUGGCUACUGAUGAUUUUUAUGAUUCUACUACAGAUUGGCUAUCAUGUGAUGCUGGCAUGGAGCAACAUUAUUCUGUCCAUGUGGGCAGAAGAUUCUACAGAGUUUCAGACUGAAUUAUCUCUCCACAGUAGCCAUAAUAUGGGAAAUGAAACAAGUAAUUUGAGUCUGGAGUUUGAUAAUGAUAGCUACAUGAACAAGUAUCUAAUGUUUAAUGUGGUCGGGUUGAUAGGGGCCUUUAUAGCUAACAUGGUUCUCUAUCUGACAACACUGCGUGCUUCCAAAAACCUUCACUUCCGACUCCUGGACACAAUUCUCCAUGUUCCCAUCAGGUUUUUUGAUACAAAUCCAAGUGGCCGAAUUAUGAACAGAUUCUCUUCAGAUGUGGCAGGAAUAGACCAGAGGUUACCAUUUAUACUGGAGAGUUUUACCCGCUGUAUCCUCGUGACAUUGUCGGCCCUGGCUGUCAAUGCUAUAGGAACUCCGUACUUCCUGUUGGCUAUCCUGCCUCUGAUGAUUCUGUAUUACUGCUUCCAGUACUUCUUCAGGGCUACAGCACGAGAGCUACAGAGAAUAGAGAGUGUGACUAGAUCUCCCGUCUUUUCCCAUUUAUCAGAGACCCUCAGUGGUUUACAAACAAUCAGGGCAUACAGAGCUGAGAGAAGAUUUAAGAAGAGAGCUUUUAACUUAAUUGACAGUAACAAUGCACCUUACAUUUUCGUCAUGACUAUAAAUAGAUGGCUAGGAAUAAGACUAGAUUACAUAGGAUCAAUUUUGGUGUUUUUAUCUGCUGUGGCCAGUCUGACCACCUGCCUCGCUGGACAGACCUCUCCUGCCUAUGUGGGACUGUCUCUCACCUAUGCUUUACAGGUCUCUAUUUAUUUGAACUGGAUUGUACGAAAUGCUGCAGAGUUAGAGUUAACCAUGAAUUCUGUGGAGAGGGUAGAUGAAUUUAUCCAUCUGGACCGUGAAGUGAAUACCCAUCAUAAAGGUCACCAUGAACUUGAGAAAGGUUGGCCAGAACAUGGUAAAAUAGAGUUUAGAAAUGUCAGCCUGAGGUAUGAUAAACACCUGGAUAAAGUGGUGGAUGGUGCCUCCUUCACAAUCAGUGCUGGAGAAAAGGUUGGAAUCUGUGGAAGAACAGGAAGUGGAAAAUCCUCUCUGACCUUGAGUUUGUUCCGCAUGAUUGACAUUUGUGAAGGAGAGAUUUACAUUGACGGAAAAGACUCUCAGAGAGUUCCUUUAGAGGAACUGAGAAGUAAACUGGCAAUAAUUCCUCAAGACCCUGUCCUCUUCACGGGAAAUAUUAGGUAUAACCUGGAUCCUAAAGGAGAAAUCCCAGAUGAAAAGUUAUGGGCUGCUCUGGAGACAGUUCAAAUGAAAGAAGCUAUACUAGAACUUCCUGAUAAACUAGAUGCUAAUGUGUCAGAGGGAGGAGAAAACUUCAGUAUAGGACAGAAACAGCUAUUCUGUUUGGCGCGAGCAUUCCUUCGUGAUAACAAGAUUCUGGUGUUGGAUGAGGCCACAGCAUCUAUAGACCUGGAGACUGAUAAUAAGUUACAGAGGGUCAUAGCCACAGCAUUUGGAGACAAAACAGUCAUUACUAUCGCUCAUCGCAUCUCUACUAUCUUGAAAUAUGACAGAGUAAUGGUUCUUGAAAAGGGAAUCGUGAAGGAAUUUGACUCUCCUCAAAACUUGCUCAAGGACCCUCACUCCAUCUUCACAAGUUUAGUGCGCAGCACAAAGAAGUGAAUUAGGACGACAUACCUGUGAUAUGCAACAAGCAAUCAUGUUUUACUUUCUUGACUAGUCCUUUAGAAAAGUUACUGGUAUAUCCUUUAAUUUGCUUUCCAGAAGAGACUUAUUAAGAUUUUUUUCUUCAGGGUUUAUAUACAAGAAUUUUGUUGUUUUUUCGCCCUACAAGAUCAGGUCUAGUAGUCACCAUUUUGUUCAUUCAUGCAAUGUUGGAUAGUGUUGGGGAAAAUAAAUUUUGAGAAUGAAAUGUGUUUGUUAUCAAAGAGGGGGGAAAAUAGGCAACAUGUACUUAGUAUACUAAAGGAAAUACAAACUGGCAUGACUUAAUACAAAAUAGCAUAUGUCAAUGUUGAACUAAAAAGGCUAGUCAUGAUACCUGAAGUGCAAUUUUUAUUAUACAUUGUACUAUAGAAUAUAUUAACAGGAGGACAUAUUAAAGCAUAGUUUUAUGAAAUGAUCAAAAUUGCAUUAACGUAGUUCCUAUAGGAUUUUUUGGAUAUAUUUUUCAGUCAGACUAUCAAAAACCUUUAUCAAGAAAGGGCAUUAUUCCACUAGCUGCUACAGUAGAAUCUAAAUUGCGUGAAACCUCUCAUAGUAAUUCACUAGCUGCUACAGUAGAAUCUAAAUUACAUGACACCUCUCUCAUAGUAAUUCACUAGCUGCCACAGUAGAAUCUGAAUUGCACGACACCUCUGUCAUUGUAAUUCAGAACUGCUACAGUAGAAUCUAAAUUACAUGACAUCUCUCAUUGUAAGGCAUUGUUACAUUACAUGUAUUUAUGUCACAAUCUUUUUCAAGUGUUUGAUAAUAUAAUUUUUUUUAUAUAAGUUUAACUUCUUUUUAAUGUUUUUGUGUAAGAAUUUUUCUUACCUGAUUUAUCACAUUUCUUUUUCUACCAUGUUAUUGGUACAAUUUUUU